ACACACACACACACACACACACACACACAGUCCCUGUCUGCUACGCCCACACUACAACCUGACUACCAUUAGACAGCAGCGUCAGGGGCACAGCAGAGAGCCAGCCAAAGGGGAGGCGGGCUCUUACAUCUUCUUCUCCCCACCACACAUUACCUCUUUCUUGGCACAACCACCAGGGAGGCUCCAUAGCACGCUCACAAAUCCACAAUCUAAGGCUCCCAGAGGAGGGGAGGUCACUUAUCUAAAGCUGUCUGCACCCACAUGUGCCUGUUUGGAUCAUGGAGCUGCAUUGUCUUCCUGUUGAUACCCCCACCACAGCCAGCUCCUGCUCCACGGAUCCCCUGUACGACAACUGCCCACCUUUUGCCCAGCGAGGGAGGGCCAGGGAAAAGGAAAUGGAGAGUAGAGUUCUGUGCCCUGCUGUAACAAGACUCCCAGGCCCCUGCAGCCCUCUGCCUGGUUUGGCCCCAGUUGUGGCUGAGGUUCCCACAGUAGUUGGUGGGGGAAGAGGGCCUGGCGCCUGGCCAGAUCACAGCUACUGCAGCUGGAGAGGAGGCCUGGGAAGACAGGACUGGGGAGCAGAGCUGGGUCCAGGCAUGAACAGAACACAAGGAGGAGAGAGAGGGGGAGAGCAGGGAAGUAGCUGGGGAGCAGAAUUCAGAGCAGAAGACAGAGCUCAUCCGAACCAGAACCCCAGCCCAUCGCAGAGCGAGGAGCACCGGAGUGCUCUGUCUCUCUAUGAUAACCUCCCUGACGCUGUCACCCCUGACAGCCUCCAGGACACCUUUGACAUGGAGACAAGCUUCCAGGAGCACUUGCAGGAACAGAUGUACCAAGCAUGGGCCCCUGAGCAGCUCCAGGGACUGAUGGAAGGUGAGGGAGGGAGUGAAGAGAGGAGCCCUUGGUCCUCUUGUGAGAUCAUCCUCGCUGAAAGUGACUCCAUCAACCAGGACCAGAAUCCAGACCAAGAAAAGGAGCAUGAACAGGAGCCCGAGCUGGACUCAGGAUCCUGUGGAUUUCAGCAGGGGGGUCCACUGCUGCAUUUCCAGCUGUCCCCAACGAUGUCACCUCCUCAGCCACAACUUGCAACAAGUUCCACUCAGCAAUGCCAAACUGGGUGCCAAGCUCCUUGGCCCCAAGCUCAAGCCCAGCAACAAGAGCACUCACCUUGGUCUCCUAGGGUGCCCCCUCCCGUACCCCAGGCUGACCCCUCUGCCAGCGCGCUUCGCAGCCUCCUCACCAGCCUCCAACAGCAGAUAGUCAGGCAGCGGGAGGAGUAUGAGGCACGAAUAAUAAGCUUGGAGCAGAGAAACGAGGAGCUGCAGGUAGAGGUCGUUCGGUUGAAAACGAACCUCGUGCAGCAGCGGCACUGGUACCAGGCUAUACAGGCUAAGAUCGUGGAGGCUGAAAGGGCCCGGGCUGACGCAGAACUACGCAAUUCAACGCUGCAGAAAGACAUGGAGGGGUUCUUUGACACCUUUGGGGAACUCAACAAUGAGGCCAAGAAGACAGAGUACAUUGUCAAGAGCUUUUGAGAAAGAAUAUGUGUGGUGUGUGAACGAGUGUGUAACGUGUGGGUAUAAAGGUGCAAGACCUUGUGUAGUAGUUUGUCUCUACCUAGGCCUACCUAGGAAUCAGAUAAAUAUAUAAAACAACAUAAAUGAAAGAAAAUGAAUCACUGAUGUCCACUUUAUUAGCUGCGUACGGGCAAAAGAUGUUGGCCAAGUGAUAAUAUUGUGAUCAUUGCAAACAGAACAAAAAUGCAAGAUGUACAGUGUUUACAAUGGAGCUUUUUUAAAAACAUGAUAAACACACAAGAUGUUCUGAGCAUUGUAAUGCUCAGUCCUUAUCUGAUAUGAUUUUCAGGAGUGAAUUGGCCACUCCUCAGGUCAUUUAAGGCAUGACUCAAAGAACAAGGUCAUGGUUUUUAAAAGAAAAAUAUAGUGUACAACAUGGUGCUUUAGUCCUCAGUGACUCCAUAAUGUCAUAUUUCUGCAUGUCCAUCACACUGUGCAAUCAGUUCUGCAAAAAAGCAGCUCCACAGUCCAUUUUAUCUUUAAGUUUCCAUCUGGAGCUGCAGGGUUCAGAUCCUCAUUUCUAACCACAACAUGUCUGCUUUUCGUUUGUCGUUGGGCCGACUUCCUCCGUAGACUUUGCCUUUACAAAAUGGGGUGACUGCUGUCUUUAAGGACAAUUUAAAGGAGACAACGAAGGAGAGUGCUGCACAGUACAUAUUGAUAACACAUACACACAUAUAGGCUUACAAGGCAAAAAAAAAAAAAAAAAAAAAAAAAAAAAAUACAACAUCUCUCAAACAGGCUUUCAUAACCGAGAACAUCAAGGUACUGUAAGUAAAAGAACUGCCCUGAACGGUUUUCUCUUUAUAACAAGAACUACAAUAUCUUAACAGCAUCUUUAAUGCCUUCAUGCAAGUUAAACACCAUUAUUUGUGUUUUACUGCCUUUACAUGUGUUCUACAUGGUGUCUGAUUCAUGACUGAUUUGGUAAAUGCUCCAGUACUAAUGGAAUGGUUUAGAAAAGGAGUAGCCCAUGCACUGGUUUGUCAAUGAAAUGCUUCGACAAGAGGACUGAUUUUUAUGGGCCUCGGCGUGAUUGUGUGCAACAUUUUGCAAGAACAGAAAAAUAAAUACCACAUGUAUCUCUUUGCCUCUCCUAAA